GAAACAGGUAGCGUUUGGCUCAAGAAUCAAACAUCUUCUUCUUCUUCUUCCUCUCUCUAAGUCUCCAAUUGAUUUGAUCUGUUACAUACUCUGUCCGAAUUCUCAAGAAUCUAUCUUAUCUGUUCCUAUAGAUUAUCAGAAGUAAAGAUGAAUAAAGGCAGCAGCUUUAAGCUGGACAACGAUUUCGAAAAGAGGAAAGCUGAAGCUGGAAGGAUCUUAGAGAAGUACCCUGACAGAAUCCCGGUGGUUGUGGAAAAGGCUGAGAAAAGUGAUAUCCCAGACAUUGACAAGAAGAAAUACCUUGUGCCUUCAGACCUAACAGUUGGACAAUUUGUCUAUGUGGUUCGGAAGAGAAUCAAACUAAGUGCAGAAAAAGCUAUCUUCAUAUUCGUAGACAAUGUCCUUCCUCCUACAGGAGCGAUUAUGUCAAGCGUCUAUGAGGAGAAGAAAGACCAAGAUGGCUUCCUCUACAUCACUUACAGUGGCGAGAACACUUUUGGUGCUUCUUCACUCUGAACCUCAGUGAUGUUUUCCUCUUUCAGUUUGUGUAUAUAGUAUUAAUAAUAAUAAUUUAUGGUUUCUAUGUUCUUGCACUUUGUUAAAAUGUAUAUAGACUAAUAUUGAAAUAUUCGC